AUGCCAAAGCCAGUCUGUCUGAUUGAGAGUGAUGAGAGUGGGUGCAUGUGUGUCAGGAGAGAGGCACUGAAGAUUCUGGAGCAGAUCACACAGCCUGUGGUGGUGGUGGCCGUGGUGGGGCUCUACCGCACUGGAAAAUCCUUCCUCAUGAACAGACUGGCUGGGAAACACACAGGCUUUGCGCUGGGUGCUACCAUAGAGUCUAAGACCAAAGGCAUCUGGAUGUGGUGUUUACCUCACCCAACUAAGGAAGGACAUACUCUAGUGCUACUGGAUACUGAGGGUCUGGGAGAUAUAGACAAGGGUGAUGAGAAGCAUGACACUUGGAUCUUCUGCCUGGCUGUUUUACUCAGUAGUACUCUUGUCUACAACAGCAUGGGGACCAUCAACAAUGAUGCUCUGGAGAAACUUCACUAUGUUACUGAACUGACUGAGCAUAUUAAGGUGAAAUCAGGCCCAGCAAACUAUGAUCAAUCCUCAGAGUUCAUGGCCAUUUUUCCGUCAUUUGUUUGGGCAGUGAGAGACUUCACGCUGACCUUAGAACUGGAAGGUAGACCCAUCACUGCAGACCAGUACCUGGACAGUGCUCUUAAACUCAAGACAGGAUCCUCUCGUAAAAUUGAGGAAUACAAUCAGCCUCGGCGUUGCCUUCGUGAAUUCUUCUCUGAAAGGAAGUGUUUUGUGUUUGAGCGUCCAACUAGCGUGGAAAAGAUGAAGAAGAUGGAGCAGCUCACAGACACAGACCUCGAGGCCAACUUUGUGAAGCAGACACAAGAUUUCUGUAGUUACAUAUUUACGAAUGCCCGAGCCAAAACCAUAAGAGAAGGCUUGGGGCUGACUGGCAGGAUGCUGAGUCAUUUCAUGGAAACCUAUGUGAACAUAAUUGCCAGUGGUGGUGUACCCUGUCUGGAGAAUGCAGUGGUUGCCAUGGCGCAGAUUGAGAACCAGGCUGCGGUGCAGGAUGGGUUUCACCUGUAUGAGUCUGGAAUGGAACAAGUGAAAAACAACUUCCCUCUGGAGCUGAAUGAAAUCUUCUCUCAACAUCAGCACCUCAACACCAUGGCCAUACAGGUCUUCAUGAAACGCUCCUUCAAGCAUGAUGGCGUGCAUUUGAAAGCACUGGCUGAGGCCAUUGAUAAGCACUAUGUUGGGCUCCUGCUCCAAAAUGAGGAGGCCUCAGAGGGGAAAUGCCAAAAGCUUCUCAUGGAUCUCUAUGCACCAAUGGCUAAGAAGCUCCAGGAUGGGUGCUAUGCCCAACCAGGAGGCUAUGAGCUGUACUGUGGGGACCAGUAUCGCAACCAUAGCAAGAAAGGAGUCAGGGCUGAAGAUGUACUGGAGCAAUUUAUGAAUGAAAGGAGUGCAGAAUCUAAAUCUAUCUUGCAGGCUGAUCAUAAACUGACUGAAAAUGAGCGCAAUAUGCAAGAGGAGAAAGAAAGAGCUACCAUGUUGGAGCAGAGGAUAAAAGCAGAGCAAGAAAAGCAAGAGGAGAUGAAGAAAACUUUGGAGGAGGAGCGUCAGAGUCAGAAGGAGAGGCUGAAGCAGAUGGAAGAGAAGAUAGAGGAGGAAAAGCGCCAGCAGCAGAGAGAAAUGGAGUUAGCCAUGGACAGCAAGCUGAAAGAGCAGAAAGACCUCUUGGAAAAUGGCUUUAAGGAGAAGGCUGAGCUUUUGGGUGAGGAGAUCCAGCAGCUAAAGAUAGAAAAGUCUGCAAGCUCCGGUGGCAUCUUCAAAGAUUAUGUCAUGCCUAUCAUAGGGACAGGUGUCGAUGUUCUAUCCUCCAUCCUCCAGUAUAAGGUAAUGGCAAAAGCUUUCAGACGAUAA